GAGACACAGAAAGAUGAGAGAGACAUGGAGACAGACAGAGGAAGGAAAGUCACACACAAAGGAGAGAGAGAGAGAGAGAGAGAGAAUGAAUAUGAAUUAUAUGUUUCACAGAGCUAGGGGAGUGUGGGCUAUCAAAAGAAUGCAUUUUUCUUAAGAGACUCCACAAAAGGAUGCUUUGAAAUCCCAAUGAAUUAAAUUUCCGUCCUUCCCCGUAAGGGGAAUUCCGCGGGGGUCCGAGUCCUUCGUGGGGGGGUCCAGUCGGUCCCCUUGGGGAACCCGGAGCCCGGGAGCUCGGGCUCCCUGCUGCCCAAGCAUCCUGUGGCCGGCCUUGCCUUGCCUUUGUGUGCUUGGCCCGGCCCCCUGAGCUCUCGAAUGGAGCAUGACCUCACGGCCCCCUGGCUAAUGCGCUGCCCGGCUGCCUCCCUGUGAAAUGUUCUUCCAGUAAGUGGCUCUCAUUGAUCGCCCGGGAGAACAGAGGCAGUGGGUUAAAAGGCAGCAAUCGAUGCUGUCUGGUUGCCCUCCAUCAGAGGGAGGGAAGCGCCCGGCACUUACAUGGAGGUCGUCGGCUCGUCCUGAGUGGAAAAAGCCCUGGAUUCGCAGUCAAAGAGCUGGAGUUUGGGUUUGGAUCCUGCCCCUGCCCUGACUGGCCGAUUUGGGGGUGGCGUGAUUGUCCUCUCCAGGCCUCAGUUUCCUUUUCUGUUGGGUGAGGGGUUAGACGUCCUCUGAGGUCACUUCCAGCUCUGGGGCUCCGCUUGUAGCACAGAAUGAGCUGGUCCUUUGUGUGUCGCAGCGUUUCCUUUGGGGGGAUGGGAGAGGAAGGGAGACGGGGUCAUUUUUGUCUGUGAUUCACCCAGCAGAGGUCACUGAGAAUGGCUGUAAGGUUGACCACUUCCAAUGGGCUGUGGAGGGAGGGGGGAAGGGUUUGUUGUUUUUAAAAGUCCUGAACAAAAGAGAUGGCUGUUGGAUGGGAAAGCCUUCCCUCCCCUCCCGGCUCUCCUUCCUUCCGCAUCCACUUUGAUGUACCCAGGGCAGGCGUGGAAGGACAUUGUUCUCCUCGGGGUCUGGACGCUUGGUGGCGGGGGUCCCGGGUGCCCAGUCAGGAGUCAGAGACCUGGACUCUGAAGAAGACUAAUUCUUCACCGUCUAGCCCCGAAGUGGGCGAUUGGGGGAGAGGCGAGGGAAGAGUUUACGGGGAGCUCCAACCGUGCUGAAACGAACCCAUUGGAGCAUCGGUCGUCCCAGACGGGGGCUUGAGGACUCCUUUCUCGAUCGAUCGUGGCCUCAGUGAGAGUUUUUUCAUGGUGAAAGGCGCUGCUCUCUUUCUGCAGCAGGGAAACAGCCCUCAAGGACCCCGGAGUCUCCAGCAGCCCCACAAGCACGCCGGUGACCUGCCCCAGCAUCUUCAAGUAAUGAUCAACCUUCUUCGCUGUGAGGAUAGAAUCAAACUGGCAGUGCGCCUAGAAAGCGCGUGGACGGACCGCGUCAGGUACAUGGUGGUGGUGUACAGCAGCGGGCGACAGGACACAGAAGAGAAUGUCCUUCUGGGAGUGGACUUUUCCAGCAAGGAGAGCACAAGCUGCACCAUAGGGAUGGUCCUUCGUCUGUGGAGUGAUACCAAGAUACAUCUUGAUGGUGAUGGUGGGUUCAGUGUGAGCACAGCGGGAAGGAUGCACGUCUUCAAGCCGGUGUCUGUCCAGGCCAUGUGGUCGGCCCUCCAGAUCCUGCACAAGGCCUGUGAGGUGGCCCGCAGGUACAACUACUUCCCCGGAGGCAUGGCCCUGGUGUGGGCCACCUACUACGAGAGCUGCAUCGGCUCCGACCAGAGCUGCAUCAAUGAGUGGAACGCCAUGCAGGACCUGGAGUCCACCAGGCCGGACUCCCCGGCCCUCUUUGUAGACAAGCCCACGGAAGGGGAAAGAACAGAGCGCCUCAUCAAAGCCAAGCUCCGAAGCAUCAUGAUGAGUCAGGACUUGGAAAACGUGACCUCCAAAGAAAUACGCAACGAAUUAGAAAAGCAGAUGAAUUGCAACCUGAAGGAGUUCAAGGAGUUCAUCGACAAUGAGAUGCUUCUCAUCCUGGGUCAGAUGGACAAGCCCUCCCUCAUCUUUGAUCACCUUUAUCUGGGAUCUGAGUGGAAUGCGUCCAAUCUGGAGGAACUUCAGGGCUCAGGCGUUGACUACAUCUUGAAUGUCACCAGAGAAAUAGAUAACUUCUUCCCGGGCCUGUUCGCCUACCACAACAUCAGGGUGUACGACGAGGAGACCACGGACCUCCUUGCCCAUUGGAACGAGGCGUAUCAUUUCAUAAACAAAGCCAAGAAGAACCAUUCCAAAUGCCUGGUGCACUGCAAGAUGGGCGUCAGCCGCUCCGCCUCCACGGUCAUUGCUUACGCCAUGAAGGAGUUUGGCUGGCCCCUGGAGAAGGCCUUCAACUACGUGAAGCAGAAGCGCAGCAUCGCCCGGCCCAACGCGGGCUUCAUGCGCCAGCUGUCCGAGUACGAGGGCAUCCUGGACGCCAGCAAGCAGCGGCACAACAAGUUGUGGAAGCAGCAGACUGAGAGCAGCCUCCCACAGGGGCCCGACGAGGUCCCCGGCCCUGGGGCCUUCCCGAUGGAGGGCUUGGAGGCGGAUCUGGAGGCCCGGCUGGUCGCCCCAGACAGCCCCAAGCAGCCCGGGCUCCCGGACGGGGCGGCCCCUGCGGGCUCGGCCUUCCCUUACUGCUUCCGCCAGCUCUCAGACCCCCUCCCCAACUCCUCAGGCCACGGGGGCGACUUCCUCCAGCUGGAGGACUUGGAGAGAGAUGCUCUGCUCGGGGGGGAGGCCCGGCCUCUCGAGGCAGCGCCCGAGCCCGCCAGACGUCCCCAGAAGGGGUCCGGCUCGUGUGACAAGGAGGUCAGGAAGAGGCUGGAGUUUGGGGCCCCCCGGCCUGCGAGCGGCUCCGGGGCCCAGGUGGAAGAGAUGGAGCGGGAUGAGAGCCCGGGGGCCGAGAGGCGGGCCCGGCCCUUGAGCCUGCCGCUGGACAGCCGCCUCAACCCCAAGGAGAACGUCAACAACAACAACAGCAAGAGGAGCUGCCCCGAGGAUUUUGAGCACGACGCCAUAUUUGGGAUCCUCAACAAGGUGAAGCCUUCCUACCAGUCGUGCACCGACUGCAUGUACCCCGCUCCCAGGGCAGGGCCAGAGGCUUUUGGGGAGCGGUGCGAGAAGACUCUCGGCCCCCCCGCCAUCUGUACCCAGCCCCCCCUGCUGCCCCCUCCCACGCCCUCCCCCGGGGACCAGGCGUCUGGCAAGCCCCGGCUCCUGGAGAGACCAUGCUCAGGGCCCGGGACAAACCCCCCCGGCCAGGCCGCGGACCCCCCGGAACCCCCCAAGGAGCCACAGAAGGGCCCGGCCAAGCCGCCGGCCCUCCUGAAGAACUGUGACAAGAGCCCGCCCGGCCCGGAGGCGCCCAAGGAGGAGCCGGGCUCCCGGAAGGAGGCCCGGACCGCCAAGGACCCGAGGCUGCUGCUCUUCGCCAAGGAGCUGGCCAAGCCCAGCGCCAGCAGCUACCUGAUGCAGCACCAGGAGUCCAUCAUCCAGCUGCAGAAGGCCGGCCUGGUCCGCAAGCACACCAAAGAGCUGGAGCGCCUGCAGGGCGUCCCCGCCGAGGCCGCCCGGCUGGAGGCCAGCAUCCCCGAGGAGAGCCCCGAGUUGCCGCUGUCCCGGGGUGGGCCCGGCCCCCCGGCCUCGCCCCCGGGCCCCCCCGCUUCCCCCCCCUGCCCCGGCGAGGCCGCUCUGCCCCUAGAGGGCGCCUCCCAGAAGAGCCCGGGGCCCACCCUCCUCUGCCGCCCGGACCACACCAGCAGCUUCUCCAAGGACUUCCUCAAGACCAUCUGCUACACGCCCACCUCGUCCUCCAUGAGCUCCAACCUGACGCGAAGCUCGAGCAGUGACAGCAUCCACAGCGUGCGUGGGAAGCCAGGCCUGGUGAAGCAGCGGACGCAGGAGAUCGAGACACGCCUGCGGCUGGCCGGCCUGACCGUCUCCUCCCCGCUCAAGCGCUCCCACUCACUGGCCAAGCUGGGCAGCCUCAACUUCUCCUCGGAGGAUCUGUCCAGCGAGGCGGACGUGGCGACCCUCGUGGAUGCGCAGGACUCCAAGGCCGGCCGUGCCUCCUCGUCGCAGGAGCCCCCUGGGAGCCCCCCGAGACCGUCGGGGAAGCUGGCCCUGGGCGGCCUGUGGGCGGGCCGGAGCUGACCCGGACUUCCCCUCCCCCCCCAACACACGUGCUCCUCACUUGUCACGGUCGGCUCCUGACGGCUCAGUCAUCAUGGGAAACUGAAAAGAUCUCGGCCCCCUCCUCAGCCAGGCCCUAGCAGAGGGGCCCAGGGACUGGAGAAUCGGCGGUGGAACAUAGCACAAGGACACUGGUGGGCGGCCGCCGGCUUGGGAGAGCCAGGAAGGAGCUCCCUCCAGGUCACGGCGGAACCCCCGGCCGCCCACUCGCUCCCAGAGUAACAGGCCGGAGACGCGGCUCCUCCUCGGCGCCUGUGGGCCCCGGGCUGGCUGGGACAAAGUGGUCGUGGCGACCCCGUCAGAGCGGCCAUGAGGGCCCGGCCCGGCGGGCGACAUAAUUCUACCUCUGCUCCGGCGGGCUUUGUGCUUCGGUUUCAUAUUUUGUUUUGGAUGCUUGGUCUUGUCUAAAAAACAAAGAGAAACAGAAUCCCGGGGACCCCGAGGCUCGUUCCUGAGAGGGACUGUGUCUGAGGGGCUUUCCUAACAAACAGCCCAGGGGGUGUUCUCUGGUACCCUGACCACCUUAGAGACGGAACUGCUGUCUGACGUCACGGAUGGAAGUGGAGGCGCUGGGCUCCCUGGCCACUGCCCAGGCCGGCUGUGCAGGAUUCGACCCCAUCGUCUGGCCAUGCGGAGGGAUGGCCGCCGGAGUCUGCCCAGGCUCUGACCCCGUCACGGAGCAGGCGUCUGGAUUGGAGGUUGUGUUUUUGUGGGCGGACGGGCAGGGGAUUGGGUGUCAUAGUCUGACGCCGUCAACACUGGCCGCUCAGGCCUGAGCUCCAUCCCAGAGGCUUGGAGGACUCCGCCGUCCGGUCCCUCCCGAGUUCUUGUCAUCCUGGCCUGAAUAUCUCGGAUUCCCAUAUUUUGAAAACUGGCGGCUCUGGACCAGGCGCAUCCUCCACUUUCUCUGCUGCGGUUCCUUCAUGGAGACCUCAAGGAAACGGUUCCCUCAGGAAAAGGGCCGGCCCUCGCCCUUGCGCCCGUGUCACCCUCCGUGAGGGUUCCCAUCCUUCCUAAUGGAUCUGCAAAGGUAGUAAGGCGGCAGGACAGGGAUCAAGGAUUUAUCUGGCAGGCCCUGGGCCAAGCGCUCUACACAGAGUAUGUCCUAGUCUGUCUUGGCACUGGGUCCUUGGGGGCACCCAGAAUCCCCUUCUGCCUGCCUCGGGCCAUUUCUUUACCGACAGCUCAGGGUCAGCAGCUCACACUGAUUUCCUAUAUCAGGAGGAGACGAAAGUAACUGGGGGGGCGGGGGGUCGUUUGUUUUUUGUUUUUUUUUAAUUGAGUCAUUUUUGGAUUUCUAUACCUCCUCCCGGGGCAUCUGGGAACACAUUUCUCUGAGACAAAUGAACAGGUCCUGAAGCGCUCCAGAGACGUUUACACAUGUUCCAUGGCAACCACAAAGGGAAUGGGGAGGUGCAAUUGGGGAGCUCUGGGGCUCCUUCUAGUCCCAAAUCUGCUUUCUGGGAUCCCAAGGCUCCUUGUGAAGGUCACAGGGGGUAGAUUUAAAUCUCAGACCAAAUGGCUCAUUUCAGGCAGCAUAGGGCCCUUGGGGGAUUAGAAGCCAGCUUCCCAAACUCUAAGUCUCCAUCCCCCUGCAAUGGGGUCCAGUAUUCCAUGACUCCAACAUCCCCUGUUCUAAGCCCCUUCCCAGCCCCGACAAUGCCUUUCUAGCUCCAACUUCCUGUGUUCUGUGUUUCUAAUUUCUCCCCCAAUCAUCUCCACCCCUUCAUUCUAGCAUCCUCUCUCUCUCUUUCUCUCUCUCCUUCUCUCCCUUCUUCCCUCACAGAAGUUCUUCCCGCUGCCAACUAUGCAAGCUCAAACCUUCAAAAGAGCUGCCUUGACAUUGAGAGGGGAAGUGACUGACUGGUGAUCACAGAGUUAGUAGGUGUCAGGGCAAUACUUGAACCCAUGUCUUCCUGACUCCAUUUAUGGACUUCCAUAAUUCUCUUCCUUCCUCCCUCUCUCUCCCUUUCU